GAAAUUUAAUGUUUUUUUUUUUAUUUACAAAACAAUCUGCAUGCGUCAAGGGCCACGUCAGAGCUGCGGGGAACAUUCAUGAAUUCACGAUUGUAUGGAAAAGUAAAUUUUAUAUUUAGUUUGCAACUUACAUUCGAUGCAGAAGCCCGCGCGUUUUAGUGUGAUUUUAUGUGCAAGCCAGAUCGACCCCUUAUUUUCUUUUUCAAGAACACUGUGAAAGUUUGUUAUCCCGUGUUUCUGUUCUAACAGGUUUAUACAUUGGAAUUGUUGUUCAUUUGUACGAGUGUGCGUGACAUAUAAGUAAAGCCAAAAUGGCAAGAAAGAAAAGUUUAUGGUGUUACUUCUUCCUUGUUGUAUUGAAGGAGACAUCUGCUUCAGUGGAGUGUAGCUUCAUAGAUGCCCAAGAAAUUAUACUCAUGUGCAUUCCAGUUGGCGUUCCCGACGUUAUUCUGAAAUUGGAAUCCCUCCCACUAAACGGAUAUACUGAGAUGGUUCUGCUCCGUGCGUGCGGAAUAACAGAAUUAGAACACGAUUCGCUGAAGAAAACAUCUCUGAAAUAUAUAGAUUUAUCCGAAAAUAGACUCAAAGAACUGGACAGCGAUUCGCUUCACAACUCACCUUCACUUGCCUAUCUGAACAUCUCUAACAAUCUUUUAUCUAGAUUACCAGUUGAUUUAUUUGUAGGUAACCCCCAUUUGUUAGUUUUAGAUUUAAAAAAUAAUUUCUUAGGCAAUUUAGAUGUAGGCGUCUUCGAUUCGUUAGUUCAACUUCAUACGUUAGAUUUGUCAUGGAAUCUUCUUCUAGGCAAAGAUCUUAGUUCUUUAUUGUUUGUAAAUAAUAAAUAUAUUACAUAUUUAAGCUUUGCGGGCAAUGAUAUGAAUGGUACGCCAGACAGUUUGUUACAGUCUUUGGAGGUCCUUGAAGUAUUGGAUUUAAAUAGUUGUGGUAUAACAGAGGUGGCAAAAUUCGCAACGCAAUCUAAUCUCAAAACAAUCAAAGAACUGAAUUUGUCAUCCAAUAAAAUAAGUAAACUAGUUAACGAGGAAAUAUUCAAGAAUUUACACAAUCUCGAAAUAUUAAACCUAGCGCAUAAUGAACUCGAACAUAUAGACGAAAACGUUGUGGCGCCGUUGAGAAAUUUAAAAGUUUUCAAUCUGAGUCAUAACGAAUUGACAUAUUUAUCCGAUAAUUUAUUUCGAAGAAUGCUAUCUUUAGAAAAUAUUGAUUUGUCGCAUAACUUGAUUUCAAAAGUAGAAGUAGAAAUGUUUUUAAAUAAUCCACUAAAAAUUUUAAACUUAUCUUUUAAUAUGUUUACGUUUUUACCAAAUACCUUUAGUAUGUCUUUAAGAAAACCAAACGCAAAUAUAACAGAAUUCUAUUUCCAUCAGAACCCCUGGCAGUGCGCUUGUCUGAAGGAAAUUUUGUAUGAAGUUGACCAUUUAAAAGUGACUCACAAAACUGACGUUCCUGGCUAUAUGAGACCAAUAUGUGUGACGUCACUUGAGAUGCGUUGCAUUAGGGAUGACAGUGUAAAUGACGUAUUUAGGAAUAUGUACUACAAUAUAUUAGAUGGCAAUAGGAUUUGGAACACGAUAAGGGACAGUAGUAAUAGAUGCCUGAAACCUCGCUUACAUACAGCUCACUUCCGCGCAGUGAGUAAAGAAGUAGGCAGGUAAUUGGGCAGGUACGUAAACAUCGAUACAUUUCACGUUCCUGAGCUUACUGAGUUUGAAUGCAUCACUCCGUAGGUGGUAAAUACAGUAGAAUCUGUACCCCGCCUAUAUUGACCAACCGCUUAUUAUGACGUAAUUAUACAACGAAGUUUGGUUUUCAUUUAAAAUUCUAACAAACUUGGAAUGACUUCUUACUGUGACAUGUCGUAUAAUGUGACUCAUUUUCAAUAAAUUUGUCUGUUUAGAUAAAGGAGAUGUCCGAAAUUAGGCCCAUUUUUAGAACGAUACAGAUAUGAAAAAUUAAUUAAAAGCCUUGUGUAUAUUUUCGUAGAAUCUACUAACUCCACUAGAAUCUUAGCCGAAAUAAUAUUUGCCAACGGAGAAAAUAAGCUGAUUUCAUUAUUUUCACAGCGAUCUAGAUUCGCAAAUGCAAAUAGUAGUGAUAUAGGUUUCCUCUUUGAUGCGUAUUUCGCUGAUUGGCAGUUGUCUUUGCAAACGCCUGCUGUCAAUGUCAAACUCAAUCGAUGAAUGAGAUGCCAUUGAUAUAAAACAUUAAUGUUUUAAUUUUAUUAGAUGUGUCAAGCCAGUCUCAAAUCCUUAGUAGGUAAAUCUGUCGCCUGUCAAUUAGACACAGAUAUUGCAAUGCAUUUUAUGUCAAAGAGAUAAGAAAUUAUUGACCACCUCUUACAAGUAAUUUACAUAACUGCUUAGGCAAAUGUUUUUCUUUGAAUAUUAGCCUCAUCAGUUUUCCUUAAAUUGUCUUAAUUUAUAGACAAUUUUCAGUUAUGUAUCAUUCGUAUAAUUUAGGCCCGAGUUUGUAUUGACACUGGGUCCUUAUGCCAGUAUACAGGAAGAAAUUUUUUCAAGUACGGAUAUUUUUAUAUUUUGUACAUAAACAAAAUUUAAUGAACACGUAUUUUUUCUUUUUUUUUUUAACUCAACAAUAACAAAGUUAUCGUUAGCUAAAGUUUAAACAUUUAAACAGAAUUUGAGGGUCACCCUAUCGCUGUACUAAGUAAUAGCACAGUAACAGGCAACUACAAAAUCAGCUGGUAGGUACUAGGUUAGCGAGCGCCCGCGCCGAGGGCCGUUGACCUUUCUACGUUUAUUUUUGUACCUAUUAUUUUUUAUAAUAAUUAAAGGUCGUCACUUUUGAGUUGAGUAUCGAUUUUCCCUUCAUACUUUAUUGGGCUUAGGACCAUCAAUAAUGCGUAGUAAUAAUAAAAAUUAUAAACUUUCGAUUGGAAUAAUGAAACACAAAUGAUGAUUAUUAUUACGCAAACUUUUGCAUUAAAGGAUGAUUCGACUUAAAUGCGCAAGCGACGGCAGAUUGUCUGUCACUGGUCGCCCAUCGGCAAUUCGGCAGGCGUCCUCAGGGAUUUUUCGAUCCCCUCACCCCUGCCACCCCCGUCAGCCGAAGCCGAAGCGAUAUGACUACUGCCGGUAUUUCUUUGUCGGCGUCUUACAAAGUGCCGCCAGCAGUUGCGCAGUUUGUUUGGGAAUGUGUCCAUUAUUUUGUUAUUUCUGAGACAUAAAUUGAAAAAAAAAAUUACAUAAAAUGUAUCGAACUGUUUGUAGAUUUAUGUUCUAUUAAUGAUACAGAACCACGAAAAAAAAUGUCCGCACUAAAGUCCGAAUCACCCUGUAUAGUGACCGACCCUAAAAGACUGAGCUGAUUUUAUUAGAUACCUAGGUAUACCUAAUAAUUAUUUAUUUACUCACAAAAAGUAAUGAUAGGUAACCUAUCAAAAGAAAAUAAUGUGAAAAUGGAAAGCAUAUACAUAUAUUUUUAUAUUUUUUAUACAAUACAAUCAAAUUCAAAGCAAAUAGGAUACAAAAACUGCUAUAGAGUUAGAUUUCGCAAUUUCUAUGUUCUGUGUUUAUAUUAAACAUUCAAUAUUAAAAAUGUGUCUAUUAUUUUUAAUAAACCUGUAGUUUAAUUAGAAAAUAAUUAUUUUCUUGAGUUUGUUAAGCAUAAAAGUCAAGCGUCUAUAUAAACUUACCACUUUAUUUAUGAUUCAUGGCAUUAUUUUAGCGGAAACUAAUAUUAUAGAAAACAAAAUAAUAAUUGUUUAUAAAGUUAGCGCCAUCUAACGUUGAACGGAGGAACUAUAACGAAGUACCGCAAUACUUUGGAAAAGUGCCACGUUAGUACGCUAGAUGUCUCUUUGCAUAAAGUAUUCAUUCUAUUUGAUUCGAUUUCGAUAUAAUGGGAGAGAAGCACGUCAUCUCCUUCCAGCAUAAUAUGCGUUUAAAGGGGCUGGCGGGGCGGGUAGGCCGUGACUACCCUAGAAUGGACCCUACCCACCCACCCUACCUUCUUAUUCUGGGCUACCGAUAUGGAUUUCUAUUAAGAAACUAAUCAUAGACUUUAUGUCAGGGGCCAGACCCAUCCUAGGAAAUAAUCCUAGAUACGCCAAUACCUCCUAGAUUAUCUAGGAUACUUCCCAGAUGUCAAUAUUAGCCGUUUGGGCUGUAGGGCAUGUUUUAACUAACAUAAAAAAGUUGGGGGGUGGGUUUUUUUUUUUUUACCCUUAUAGGUAAUAUGGGUACCAAGUGAAAGGUUGUAGAAGACCAUUACAAAAAUGUAUAUAUUAUCUUGUACAUAUGUAUUCUGUGAUAUUAUAAUAAAUUAUAACGUACCUAAGUAUAUUUUAUUAUUAAUUACUGUUACUAUAAUAAUUGUAUUUUAUUAAUUAUAAUUACUGUUUUAA